AUGGGUGUUCACGAGACCGAAGAGAAGGAGACACUGGAAUGCACCAUGGGCAUCGACAUCGAACACACGAACGAGAGACAUCGUAAUGGUACCGCGGACAUCCCGGAGUACCGUGAACCAAUCGGUAUGGAUAUCGAGUACAGAGAUUUCCCGGAGGAGCAAAUCUGGAGCCCGAACGAUGAGGUGAACGAAUGGGUACCGCAUUACGUGUUUAUGGCUCGUUCGGUGUUGACGUUCGUUCAAGAGAGCCUGGGUAUUUCGAACCGGGAAGCGAUGGAAAAUUCCUGCACUGGUUACGCGGAACAAUAUAUCACCGAUGUUCUUCAUGACUCCGAAUAUUUACCGGAAGUCGCUCUGAAGACGUUCCUAACAAAAGAGUUGCCGCAGAAGUUGGUCACCAGGUGGUCCAGCACCGAUGUCGAGCUGUUCCUCGAGGGAAUCGCUAGGCACGGAAAGAAUUUCGCAAACAUACAGAGGGAGUUCCUACCUCGUAAAGACACGAAGGAAAUCGUGGACUUUUACUACGCGUGGAAAUGGACCGAGCCAGCGAAGGAGCUUCGAAAUUGCCGUAGUCGGCGUCGCGUCAAACGGAAACGUCGAUUUCCAUCGAUCGCCUGUAUUUUCGGGGAACUAAAAUCACCGAAAAUGAUCACACGCAGCGUGACCAAUGCGUCCAGGAUCGCUUCUUCGGUCGAGGAGAACAACGAUCAAGAUCGAUUUCUACGCGUCGCGAGCUCUACCAGAGGCUCGCGGCUGAUCGACAAAAGGAAACGUUGUGACCGUACGGCGAUUCGAUGA